AUGACAGUCCAAUCGAAGGGGAUCCUAGUGAUCCUGAGUUUAUUGAGUGUGAUUAUUGAAGUCCAAUCUAGUAUUACUGAUACAUCAGAUUUAGAUUUAUCUGAAGACACAGAAAUAGUCACCACAACCACUAGGCGUAUUUUACCUGAUCGUUGUUUAGUUAAAACAGAUUCAGGCCCAUGUAAACAUUAUAUUCACAAGUGGACCUUCAACAAAGCUGAAGGAAAAUGUAGGACCUUCGUUUACGGUGGUUGUUUGGGAAAUGAAAACAGAUUUAAUUCACAGCUCGAAUGUCUCCACUAUUGCAUUGGUGGACCCAACUAUACAUUAAAUGCAUACAUGGUCACUAAAGGAAGUGUUUUUGUCACCACAACUACUACUACAACGAGUACAACACCAACAACAACACUACGUACUCUUCCACCCACUUUAUUCCCUCCAGAACCAACCAGGCCUCCUGUACCCAAGUAUCAACGAGGAAAAGAAUUGACAUUUAUGGAGUCUGGAUAUGAAAAAACAUUUAUGUUUGCGGAAAGUAACACUUUUAUCCAACUUGAUGGAAGUGGAAUUAAAACCUUCCAAUUGCGAUUGUGUCGAGAAAUAUCGUUCCUAUUUCGUACCAAGUUACCUCAUGGUCUGCUCGUUUAUCACAGUGUAAAAGACCGCCCGGAGAGUUUAGACCCUUAUGCUCUUUACGUAAUCGUUGAGAAAGGUCAACUCAAGGUUGUUCAUGUCUUUGGGAAGUUCUCUACAAGUUUAACAGUUGGAGAAGGGCUUAAUAGAGAUGAGUGGCACAGCGUGUUGGUUCGUAUUGAUGUUCAUGGAGCCAAACUUAUUGCUCGAGUUAAUGAUAAACAGGAAGAAACAACUCUCGAGGUGUUGGAACGAGUUGUUAAUUAUGGAGUGUCAGAAGACUUGGCUUCAGUUGUGCUAAUUGGAGGAUUAAGCUCCGAGGAAAGAUUGCAUGGUGUCAAAUACAUUAUUGAAUCAUUUGUAGGUUGUAUUAAAGAUAUGGUAUUGAGUUCAGGAAAGUCAGCCAGCGAUUUAUUACCAAUUCAGCCAUUGAUAGCAACUAAACAUGAAAAUGUGAAAGAAGGAUGCAUCAACAAAUGCUGGACAAGAGAAAAUUUAUGUUUUAUUGGCAGUCAAUGUGUUAACCAUUAUAACAGUUUAACAUGUGAUUGCUUUGGAACCAGAUACGAAGGAGAACGAUGUGAUGUUUACACUGCUACGAUUUUAACAUUAAGAGGUUCUUCAUAUGUAUCUUUUCGAGUUUAUGACUGGAAAGACAGAGUUCAUUCAUCAAUGAACCGAAUAAGCUUAAUGUUCAAGACUCGUUGGGAUGAUUCCGUACUAUUCUAUGCAUCUGGAGAAAUAGAUGGUACUCCUCAUUAUGUAGCUGCAUCAAUAAUCAAUAGAAAAAUCCAUAUAGAAAUAGAUUUUGGUCAUAACACAAAAAUGAAUACAACUCUUGGAGAAGAUGUGUCUUCAAAUCUUUGGAGUAAUUUAACAAUAUUUCAUAACGGUUCACAAAUCUUUGUGAGUCUUGAUUUUGAGCAUAAAGUACUCGAAAUACCUGGUAACAAUCAUUACAUGAUCAUUGAUCCGGAAAUUUAUAUUGGAGGAGGUCCAGAAUUGCACAAAAAGAAAGGGUUAAAGUCCUACAAUAAUUUCGCAGGAGUGUUGAAGUAUGUUUUCUUCAACGAUAAAUCCAUAAUAUACGAAUUGAAGAAAUCAAAUCCAAUGGUUCAUUACAUUGGAGUCCUUGAACCGGAAUAUUAUGAAGUUGAUGUUGAUGUGAUACCAAUCACAUAUCCUUUUUCCGGAAGUCAUAUUUGGUGGCCAAUAGCUAAAACUAAUUCUCUAUUACUUCAUUUCGAUUUUCAAAGCUCUAAACCUGUCGCUGUUGUUGCUUCUGGCGAUGUAAAAAGUGAUCAAGGUCUUGGAUACUGGGAGUUGAGGCUUGUUAAUGAUGAAAUGCGGUUCCAAUUAAUACCAGUUCUAACAGAUAACAUUACUGUAUCAGCAUCAGUUAAAUUCCCACCGAACAAUCGAACAUCCUGGCAUGCAGUUGAAUUAAAUUAUACCAAAGGAGAACUUAAUAUUAUUGUGGAUUAUAGACAUAAACAGGGAAAGCUUUUUGCGAUGACAUUUGAACUUGGUGACAAAGUUAUUAUUGGAAGUGGAAAAAGUGAUGCAGGUUUAGUUGGCUGCAUGAGAGAUAUAAAAGUUAACGAUGAAAUAAUAGAACCUAGAUACGUAAUAAAUACUGAACGAGUCGUGGGCGAGGUUGCUUUAGACAACUGUCAAUUCGUUGAUCCUUGUACAAGGCCGAAUACAUGUGAACAUGGUGGGAAAUGUUCCGUAAAGGAAAAUAAAAUUACUUGUGAUUGCACUGAUACUGGUUACAUUGGAAAAAAUUGUCAUUUUGCACAAUAUCGAAAGACUUGUGAAGAAUUAGCUCUUUUAGGAUAUACCCAAGAUGAUGUCUAUAAAAUUGAUAUUGAUGGAAAUGGUAAAUUUCCACCAGCUUUAGUGAAAUGUGAAUUUCAAUCAAUUGAAGAUGCAACAAAAACAAUUGUCGAGCACAAUUUACCAUCUCAAGUAGAUGUUCGGUCUAUCGCUGAAGAUGACUUCUCAUUUAAUAUUACUUAUCGUCAAUUCACUGCUGAAAUGCUGCAAGAACUAAUUUCUCAUUCAUUGUACUGCAGUCAAUAUGUCAAGUAUGAUUGCUAUAAAGCACCAUUGGAUCUUCACAGUGCUACUUGGUUUCUCGGUUCAAAGGAAACCAUCGUUGAUUAUAUUGGAAAUGUUAACCGAGGAUCUUGUCCUUGUGGAAUGAACAGAACCUGCGUCAAUCCAGACUUAAGUUGUAAUUGUGAUGUUUCUGCGGGAAAAUGGCUUUCAGAUGAAGGUUAUUAUGAAACUCCAGAAUCCUUAGGCAUCACUGGAAUGGUUUUUCUUCAGCAAAAGGAACUUGAAGAAGAUGCUCAAGGAAGGAUUACUCUUGGACCAUUAGAAUGCGUUGAAACAAAUACACAAAAGUAUGUCGUCACUUUCACAACAUCACAAUCUUACAUUGAAGUGCCAGGAUGGAGAAAAGGUGACAUUGCUUUUAGCUUUCGAACGACUGGAGAAAAAGCAAUUCUUUUAUAUCAACCACCUAUCAGAAGCAAUUAUCCAUCAUUCAUGGUAGUUUUAACGUCAGAUUAUCGACUUACUUUUAAUUUUACUCUUAAUACUGGCACAAAUAGAGAAAUGGAAGUAAAAAGUCGACGAAAAUUAAAUAAUGGGGAAUGGCAAAAAAUUUGGAUUGAUUACAAUGAUUAUCAUGUUCGGUUUAUGAUUAAUACUGAUUUCCAAAUGGUUGAAUUACUUCCUGAAGAAGAAUUUGGUCCUUUUGAGGGAUCUAUGUUUAUUGGAGGUGCAACUGCAGAAUAUUUGAAGACUUCAGAAGUACAACAAGGAUUAAUUGGCUGCUUCCGAGGCCUUGUAGUUAAUGGAGAGAUCUUAGAUAUUCACAGCUACAUGUCAGUUCAUUUGUCUGAAAUUAUAAAAGAUUGCAAGCCUUCCUGUCAGCCAAAUAAAUGUCAAAAUGGUGCGAGAUGUGUUGAAUUAUGGAGUAAUUUCGAGUGUGUUUGCGAAAAUAAAUGGGCUCAUCAAGGAACUUUUUGUGAAACAAACAUUAACAAUAAAGCGUUGACGUUUACAUCACCUGGGGCAUUCCUGAAGAAAAACUACUUCGGCACGAGUGAGGACGAAGAGAAAUUGUUGCUGAAAAGUAUGCUGCUGGAGAACAUUCUGAUAAAUCUGAGGACUUACGACACCCACUCGCUCAUCCUUUACGCCAACGAUCAUCUCAACAACUUUGCUCAUCUCUAUAUUUCCAAUGGGUCCAGCAUUGUCUAUCUCUUUAACGCCGGGAACGAGAUCAAGAAUAUCACCGUCCAGUAUCCAGGUGUAAAUACAGGGAUUUCGGUUCAGAUUGCGAUCGUCAGGGGUGAGACAUCAACUACCCUUCAUGUCAAUGAUCACAAUAUCACUUUGGAUGCAGUACCGUUACUGUUGGAUUCGUAUUCCAAUAAACCUUGGAUCAAUCCAGAAAAAGAAGUAUUGGCUCCUCAAAGGCCUCCUGCACCUCCAACUGAUUACUUUCAGGUAAACUUGGGUGGCUUUGAUCCUGAUAAUCUUCUCCGAGUUGGAGUGGAAGGACAACUUAUUCAAGGAUACGUUGGUUGUCUUCGAGGAUUAAUGAUUGGAGAAUACUUGGUUGACCUACCAAAUUUAGCUAGUGAAGCUAAUCACGAAGGAAGUAAAGGAGUUUUACCUAAUUGUCAAAUGAAAUGCGAUACUACACCAUGCAAAAAUCUUGGAAUUUGUACAGAAGACUUUGGAAGGCAAGAAUCUUCAUGUAAUUGUGAAUUAACUUCAUAUUUUGGAGAACAUUGUGCUGACGAAAAAGGUGCAGAUUUCAGCGGUGAAAGUGUGCUUCAACGAGCAUUUGAGUUUGAAGGAGAAGUGAAACAGGUCAAAGUUCAAUUAGCAUUUUCUACAAACGAUCUACGUCAAAGAACAUCAGCUUUAUUAUUAUUACAAGCUGCAAAUAAAAGUUAUUAUCUUUUGGUGGCAUUAACCUCUGAAGGUCAACUGAUUUUUGAAGAAGAUAGAGAUGGUUCAGCUUACGGAGUUCGAUUAAAUGAUAGAAAUUUUUUAAAUGGCGCCAGACAUAGUGUAUAUUACGUUCGAGAAAAUAAAACUGCUACUUUAUUGAUUGAUCGAGAACCAGUACAAUUAUUACCGAUUCCUGUCUUGAGUAUUGGUGAAGACGAUGAUAAUAAUCCAGAAGAAGAAGAAAGUCCUGGAGCGACAGAAAUUCAACUGGGAGGACUUAAUACAACGGAUCAUCGGUUCAGUGCUUAUAAAGGAUACACUGGCUGUCUCAGCAACAUUGUGGUAUCUAUUAAUGGUGGUGCUACAAUGAAACCUCUCGAAGAAUACAUGGUAUUUACAAAAAAAGGAAGUGAAACUGUAAGAGCAAGUAUUCCUGCUGGAGUAAGAAGUGCGCAAUGUGCAGCAUUUCAUUUACAACCUCGAGGAUUGGAUCCUCCUAGAAAUGAUAGUAUGGGCCGUGACAGAGCUUGGGUAGAAGAUCCUCCAGCAAGAGUUCCGUAUAAAUCACUUUAUAAUGAUGAAACGAAAGAAGAGCAAGGUGCAACAACGUAUAUAUUUAUAGCCUUAUGCUGUAUAUUUGUGUCAGCAGUAAUUGGAUGUGCUUAUGAAGUUAUACGAAGUGCAAGACGAGAUCGUAAACGUAGAAGAGCAAGAGCUGCUGCUGCAGUUUCAGGAAGUGGAUCGCCUGGAGGAUCACAAAGAUGGCAACCGGCUUAUUCAGAUUCAGUUGUCGGACCUUCUGGGGCUAAAACAGUAGGAUUUAAAACAGUUAUUGAAGAUGAAAAGAAACCUAAUGGAACGCAUGCAAAGGGAGUUACUAAAGAAUAUAAACCUCUUCCUAACUCGGAGUUAAAGAAAGAUUUAGUUAAUGAUAAAAAAGUUAAUAUCAAAGAAGAAGAAGCAGAAAAGAAGGAUCUUCUUGGGGUAAAUACAACUGUAUCGAAACCUGCGAAACCGAAUCCUUUUUCAAUGGAAGACUUAACAGAGGAGCCAGAGCUUGAAGAGCGCGAACAGGAAGAAGAUGAAGAAUUAGAAGAGGAGGAAGAAGAAGUUGCAGAAGAAAGAAAAAACAUGAUGAACAGUCCAGAAGCUGAAACACUUGUAAAACCAACUCCGGUAAGAAAUCAAGUAUUAAAACGUGAUUUUAGAGGAUUUGGACCUUCUGGAAAACGUUUAUUGGAGACAAAUUUUUCGAUUACUGGACUGAAUGAAAUCAGAACCAAUGAAUUCAUUAUUGACAAUCCUUUCAAGCCAAAAAGUGGUAUUGAAGCUCAGAGGCCUUUAAGUUUAGAAAUCAAGGAACCUGUAAUCGACCACAAAAUACGUCCUGAGAGUUUUUAUAUGGAGAGAAUCACUGCUAAAAUAUUUGAUGCACCAAAGAUGGAAACAUAACAGAAAAAAUAUAAAAUAGAAACUCUACAAUACGUCAAAUAUUGUACUUAUAGAUAAGAUUAAUAUUUUUAGCAUUAAAAAAUGGAAAUUUUGAUUAUUAUUAUUAUUGAUACGUACUGAUUUAACGUCAAUAUUUAUUAUAAAAUAUUUAAUCAAUUUAUUUUAUACAUAUUUAGAUAUGGAAUUUAUAGAAGGAGCGAAAAUAAGGCUGGUACAGAAUCAAAAAUACAAUAUGAAAAGUUUUCUUUUCAAUUUUAUUCUUUUUUUAAACAUAAUUUGAAUUUGUUUAUAUUUGAUUUAUAUUCUAAAUUUAUUAUUCAUCAAAAUCACAAGAAUUGAAAAUGUUCAUGUCAAUUUAUUAUUAUCGCUUAUCAAAUUAGCACUAGUGUAUUUAAAAAUUUAUCUGCAUAAUUAUUUAAUUAAUAAUUUGGUUAUCAAUUAAUUUAUGCUUAUUGGUUUCCAUUCAGUUACAAUUGUUUUUGUGUGAGCUUAACAUUGGUGGUAAAAAAUCAUUUUUUAUCAUAACAAAUUUUAAACAAAAAUUUAUUUUCAUCAACAAGAACGUAAUAUUAAGUAAGAAAAUAAAAAGGAAUUUAAUUAUCUGUUAUCGCGAUAUCGAC